AUGUGGCGUUUCUUUCGACCCCGUGGGGGGGCCGCAAGCGCGACCACCCUCGCUGCUCGGAUGAUUGCGCCGAGGGUCGCCAACCAGCAGUCCAUCAUCGUGCAAAGGGUCAAGAUAUCCAAACCCAUGUUUAGAGCCAGGACCUUUCUCCUCGGCGCCGGCAUUUCGCUUGCCUGCUGGCACAUUUACUGGUCGACCGUUCUGAAUCCAUUUUUCCGACAUGUAGACCGCGAGUACGAAAACCUCUCAGUGGCGGAAAAAAAGGCACUGGAUGAAGAGAUGGAAGAAGAGACGGAGCCGUGGUUCAUCCCCUUCCCCUUCACGACCAAGUCGGUGUCCCAACCAUCGUACAAACCCACCGACCCAGAGUGGACGCGCUUUGUGCAGCUCAGCAAGGAUAAGGAAGGCCAGAAGCAAAUACGCGCUCAUCUGUCCGAACUUGUCAGGGCCGUAGUCGAAAGAGACCCGGGUAUCGCAGCCAGGUGCGGAAACUCGGUCAAGCUCAGGAGAUAUUGGCUCGAUAUCGAUUUCCCCUCACGCCCCCCACCAGUCUUCGUCUCUUCUGGGCUGUUGCUGCAGGACGGUGGACUAUACUGGUCUACUCAGGAGGUCGACUCUUUUGCCGUCUGGCGCCUGAAGAAAGUCCUCUGGCCAGAGGCUAUGGCCCUCUCGACAUGGGCAUUUACAUCCACAUUGGUCAAACAACACUUGACGGAGUUCUCCCGAGCCUUGGGGUUCGCGUCCAGCACUCCCGCACACUCGUUCCCGCCAGUACAGGGUGGCAACAUGCAACAGAAAGCUGAAGGGCCUCUGCCGUCUGCCAACAGACAGACUCCGGAUGGUACACCGGCGGAGAACGCCUCUCACAGCGUCAGCAAAACGGCGGACUCUCGACAGGAAGACGGGCUGCAGAGCGGCGGCAGGACCAACUUUGUCAGAGAUACGGCCAUGGCCCAUGUCGAGGGCAUGAAGCAGAUCACGCAAGGGCCGGUAAGGGAGUUCUGGAGGAAGUUGCAACAAACUUGGCGCCAACCGAGACAAUACCCACCGCGUGGGUGCGUCAUGGUUUCUGGGUUCGUCGAGUGCGAUCUACCAAAAGCCAUGGUGUUGAUCGACGUCUGGGGUUUCUGGGACCCCAGGACGAAGUCGUUCCAUCCCGGCUCGACAAUUCUGAACCUGAGGCGAAUCCAGCUAAAGCGACAACCCGCUGCACGGAAGUAA